UGAGUUGAGUCCUGUGCGGAGUGAGACCUGCUUUCAGACGGAGACGAUCUUUGGUCGCAGCAGCGGCUCAGACAUGGCGACCGUCGCGGCUAAACGUGAAAUUUCCAGCGCUGAAAACGACGAGUUAUCUCGGGAAGCCAAAAGGCCGAAAGCGGACGACAAGAAUGGAGAAGAGGGUGGAAAUGAAUCUGAAUGGGAAAAUGUUCUAUCUACGUUCACAAUGUCCAGCGUGUUGAGUGAUUCUGCCCGGGAGAAAAUCAUGUUCGUCCAUGGAAAGAUUGCUGAUCAUGAUGCUGUGGUGGUCCUGGAGAAGACCCCCAUCAGAGAAGACUCCCUGGCUGAGCUCUUCAGAGGCUCCAAGCUCAGGCUGGAGCUGAGAAACGACAUCUACAGCUCCUAUCGUCUCCAGGCCCCCCCUCACCUCAAUGAAAUCAAGACCACAGUGGUGUGUCCAGCCACAGAGAAGCACGUGAAGAAGUACAAGCGGCAGGAGAGUUUCCUGGUGGAAGAGACGGGCGAGGACUACCGCUCCAUCACUCUGCCCUACAUUCAGGAGCAGAGUUUGAGCCUGCAGUGGGUCUACAACAUCUUGGAGAAGAAGGCAGAGGCAGACAAGAUUGUUCAUGAUGAUGCAGACCCUGAGGUUGGGUUUGUCCUGCUUCCUGAUUUAAAGUGGGACCAAAAACAGGUAGAUGACCUAUACUUGAUUGCUAUAGUUCGUCAGAAAGACAUCAAGAGUCUUCGAGACUUGUCAUCGGAGCAUCUCCCACUGCUGCAGAACGUCUUCCAAAGGGGAAAGGAGGCCAUCCUGCAUCGCUACAACCUUCCAGCCAGCAAGCUGAGAGUCUACCUGCACUACCAGCCCUCCUACUACCACCUUCACGUCCACUUCACCAAGCUGGGCUACGAUGCACCGGGCUGCGGCGUGGAGCGAGCCCACCUCCUCUCAGACGUCAUACAGAACCUGCAGACCGAUCCGCAGUUCUACAAAAGCCGGACACUGCACUUCCCCCUGAGGGCAGACGACGGGCUGUUCAGGAGGUUCAAGGAGGCCGGGAGGCUCUAACAAGGUCGACAUUCCUCAUUCAGGUGUCAGAGCACCUCCAGGGAUUUCUUCUUAUGGCUUCUGGGAAGGAGCAGAGGUCAUUGAGUGCAGUACUAUUUAAACAAGUAACCUUCUUCUGAUUCCUGUUGAUGUUUUUGUAUUUUUUAAAGCUAGUUUGUAAUUGUGGAUAAUGUACUCUUUGAAUGCUUGUUUAUUUUAAUCAAUUUUACAUUUUUCUUGGCUGAAUUAAAGUAUUUUACUCAUGAA